ACCGCUGCCAUCAAAGUUUUUAUAUGCGUUACAAGACUAUCUAUAAAAUUGCAUAGUGCUUACACUCAUAAUUAUUUAAUGGAUGUUUGUAAUCGGUACUCAGCUUGACAUAUUACGGAAAUCCGAUGGAUAAGACUAUUGGACUGAAUACUACAGAGUUCAAAUGAGUUUUCAUAAUGAGAGGUAAAGUGUGGAAAACAAUAAUUAACCAAAGAUUUUGACAUGAGAAGAGAUGCGAUCACUGCUGGUAUCUAGGAGACCCCAAAUCUUACUGUCAUCACUAUCUAAAGUUGUUAUACACUUCUGGUAGACUUUUAGUGGAGUCACAUCAAUAGCUCAAUGACAACAAGCUCGAUUUAUGGCGAAAGUUGGAGCUAUUGAUUUCCUAACUCCUCAAAAAAGCACCAAAAAUGGCCUCAGCUACCGUAAAAAGUCGCCAGAUUUUCAAGAACAGAAGAAAAUCGAGAUUUUUAUCAAAUGUACUGAUUUGGUUCAAAUGGAUAAGUUUUCGUACAGUGACCCCCUCUGCGUGCUCCAUGUCAAGAAACUYGGUCAUUGGACGGAAUAUGGAAGGACGGAAUCUCUGCCAAAUAACUUAAAUCCCAAGUUUGUGGAAUCCUUCAUAAUCGAUAGCUGUUCGGUACAAUAUCCACGCCUUCGUUUCUCUCUCUACGACCUGGCGAACUUCACUUCGAAAGAUCUUCGGAAACACGACUUCAUUGGUUCUGUAGAAAUCGACUUUGAGACCCUUCUGACGUCAGAAUCGCCACUCGUUCGGACGUUACGAAUACCCGGCGAUAUUAAGACUCGUGGUUUCAUUAAUAUAUUCUACGAAGAUGUGACAGCAAACAAGACAAAUUUACGACUGCAAAUGAGAGGAGUUGGACUCGAGAAAAAAGGAUUUUUAAGYAAAUGUGAUGCGUUUUUUGAGGUUGAACGACUAUUGUCAAGCGGACAUUUUCAUCCUGUAUAUCGGUCAGAAAUCGUCACGAGAACACUCGAUCCUAAAUGGGCACCAUUGGAGUUGUAUUUACAAAAGCUAUGCAAUGAAGACGUCACCAAGGAAGCACGCAUCACGUGCUGGCAUUUUUCAAAUAGUGGUUCUCAUACGAUGAUUGGUCAAUGCACAUUUGUCGUUGAUGACAUCAUUAAAAGAAAGACACGACUUUUGAGCCUCGUGAAGCCACAAAAACCAGGCAAAAAGCGCACGUCAAGUCCAGGAUCAAUCCAAAUUCUCCAUUGUCAAGCAGAUCGUCACUUCAGUCUGCUCGAUUAUAUACGCGGUGGUUGUAARAUAAGAAUYGCUUGCGCUAUUGACUUWACGUUAUCAAAUGGAGACCCUUCGUUGCCGAACUCUUUACACUGCACAGUACCGGAAAAUAACGAAUAUAUCCACACCAUCGAGGCACUGGUCCCAAUCGUCACUCACUACGACUCCGAAAAAAAGAUCCCCUUCUUUGGUUUUGGAGCCAAAAAUAUACCCGGUCCAUACUGCUUUGCGGUAAAUAAAGACGAAAGUGCACCUGACGUUGAUGGAGUCGAGUCACUUAUCGAGACCUAUUUAGAACUCCUUUCGACAAUAAAACUUGGCGGACCAACUUAUCUUGCGCCCGUAAUCCAACGGAUAGCGGAGUAUGCUGGAAAGGAAAUAUCCCAAGAUUCUCAAUAUUAUAUGGUUGCCUUGGUAAUCAUGGAUGGAGUGGCUAAUGAUGUUGACCUGACCAUCGCAAAACUUGUAGAACUUGGUGCUUUACCACUGUCAAUCAUUAUUGCAGGCGUCGGACCAGCUGACUUUAGUGGUAUGGAGGAAUUGUUCAAUUCAAGGCGGAAGCCCUUAAGGGCACGUGACGGGAAAGAACUCCAACGAGAAACAACGUAUUUCAUUGAACUGAAAAAACACAAUCGAAGCCGAAAUAUGUCAGCGGCUCGAGAGGCACUGGCACAUAUAUCAAGGCAAAUAGUGGCAUUUUUCAAAUCCAAAAAUAUAGAACCCAAUCCACCACAAAAAUCUAUUACAGAGGUAGCAUGGGGCGAGWUGAGUGGUAUGAAUGGUUUGGGGAAUAGUUCCCAAUCCAGGCCAUCCUCACCACUGACUAGAAAAAGAACUCCAGCUUUAAAUCCAAGAUGCCCCACUUGUGGGUCUUUAUUACAAAAUAAUAACACAAUGCAGAUAUAGCAAUAUAUAUAUUAUAUUUAUAAUACAAAUUUUAUUUACCGGUACUGUAAUAGGAACAAAAGGUUUGAACCCGAGAUAAAUCUCUUGGGUUGCCUGUGGUGCAAUACAAACUUAUAUAUACACAAUAUAAUUGGCACCAGUCUCUUUUCAUUAAAUAUUAUCGCAGGAAGCCCACGAUUUAUAUUUAUCCAGUCUGAUACAAAGUUUGCAAUUAAACAGUUUCAUUAUGAUGGUGAUAUAUUUCUAAAAGUCAGAUUAAUCCUGGGGUCUCUAUGAUGGUAUUCUUUAGGGACACGAUGCUUUAAAGAAAGAAAUAAAAUUUAUUAUGAGUAUUUUCCUUCUGGUAGAAACCUUGGUGUCUGGUACACAUUAUUCAUCACUAUCAUUUGGUUAGUUCCUCAACCAGAACAACAUUUACAACAAAAAAAAUAUAUAUAUUCUUUGUACAAAUACACAUUAUAAGAAUAUAGCAUUAUCCCCCCCAAAAAAAAUAAUAGACCAAUAUCUUAAAAACCAGACCAUUGUAAAACUUGUGGCAAUAGCCCUGAUAACUAAAUGCUAACCUGCCAGUCAUCUUGUGUUGACCCUUUCAUUAUUAACAGACUUCCACUUGCUAAUGGAAUCUUGACAUGGGGCAUUAAAGAGAAAUCAUUUCCCUUGAACAAAAAAUAAAAAUAUUGAUGAUAUAAAAUAGUUUGAAGAUGGAAACAUUGGAAGAACAAACCUGUGUUGGCUUUUUUCGUAACUCAAAAUUUCUUGUAUCACCGAGAGAUAAGGACGCUAUCACUGGUUGAUUUCCAAGUGAUGGCUCAUCAUCWGAAUGCCAGUCCUGAUAAURAAAUGAAAGUAUUAAAUAAGGKAUUCCUUUGUCAUUUGUAAUCGGAGGUAGACUGGGAACUAGCUUCAUACACUCACUGUAAAUUCWAACAUCAAUGAAAUGUCUAUUUAUAUUGUUGUUUUUCUUCAUUUGAUGCCAAAUGUAACCAUUUCUACCAAGUAGUUAACACUGUGUUUUCUCAUUACUGUUAGAUCAUUGAGAUGUCCCUAGAGUUACAUAGAAUAAACAACAUCCAACUCA